CUGUUAUCCAGCCCCGUUUCCCCGUAGCAUUCGUUACUCCGCGCUCCGCGUCCCGGGGCGCGACUACUUACAUUUAUCGAUUUAAACCGAGUCUCGAUAUGAUGGAGCAAAUGACGGAAAACGACGCGGACGGAGUCGUCGACGAGGACAACGGGGAAAGGUUAUACAUGAAUACUGUGGAUAGCGAUAAUCGUGAAAAUUCGGCACUGGAGAAUGAAGAGUACGAAGACGAGAGAAAAGAGGGGGAAGCAGAAGGGGAGGAAGGCAUUUACAAAAUGGAUGAGUUUUUUAUUUGGGACGAGGAGCCGGGGGAACGCGAAUACGAGGAGGAAAGAUACGAAGAGCGGAGCCUCGAAGAUGAGGAAGCAGAGGAAGAAAGAGAUGCACUAUCUGAUAUUGCGACGAUCUCGACGGCAGAAAAGCCCGAAGAGGAAGUGCAGCCAGACGUGGUGGGGCCCGAUCACGUGCUCGCUGAGAUACCAGUCGAGAUUUUUGCCAGUCGCGAGGCAAUGCUCGGAAAAUUAAAAGAACUUUUAGCUGAGCAAACAGAAUUACGAAGGCGAAACAGGCUUCUCGAGGUGUGGAUUAUCAAACAUAUGAGAAAGAUGCAGGAGAAAGUGACACUCGUGGAUACGACGAAGGAAUCCGAGCAAAUGGAGCAGAUCUACAAACAAACAUUGCAUACGUAUAAGCAGCACCUCGACGACGUAACGGAGCGGAAGACGCGGUUAACAGCCGACAUGCAAAGCUACGAAGAUAGAGCGCAAAAGGCGCGCGACGAAAACGCGCGAGUGUUCGACGAACUCCUGGCUCGCGAGGGGGAAGUGGCGACGGGUCUCAUUUACGCGAAGACCGGACGAAUGCUCACGGAGAAGGCUGUCAACGAGAUAACCCGUCGGCAGGUGUCACGACGCGAGAUUCUCGCUCGCAAUCGUUACGCGUACAUUCUCCUGCAGCACCGUCUCGAGGAGAUAAAAAUGCAACUGCGAAAUCUGGAAACGCUCGGGGAAGGGAUGACCACCACAGAUUACGAGGCUUUACACAUGGCUCAUGUGAAUUAUAAGGAUAAAUUGGAUGAACGCGAUAGAGAACUGGAAAAAUUGCGCUACAAAAUCGCUGAAAUCGUUAACGGAGUCGCCCACUAUAAAGAGAAGGAGACAUGCCUCGCGGAGGAUAUCGAGUUUGAGGAACGCGAAUUGAACGAGUAUCGCGAGCGGACAGCCAGAGUUCGAGAGGAUGUCAAUAAGCUCCAUUUAACUCUGAGAGAUUUACGAUGGGCUCAGGACGAGAAGAGGCUCGAAGGCGGGCUGCUGAUGGUUCCACCGGUGCUGCGUGAGAUGGAGAGGAUGAUGAAGUUGCUGGACGCCGUGAGGUACGACAUUGAGAUAAUCAAGCGCGAGAUUCACCGGUACGGCCCUGCGAAUGGGAAGAAGAAGACGAGCGGCAAGGCAAUGUCGACGAUGACGCAGGACAAACCAGGUCGUUUCUAAUAAACGAAAUCCUCUAACAUCUCCUCCACGGAGGAUUUAUUUACCGACUGUAUACCCUCUGCAAAAAUGCAUACGGGACUUGACGGACGUAAAUAAACAUUGCACUUUUUUACCUUUAA